AUGGCAGUCGCUUCUGCUGAGGGUGGCCUCGAUCCCAUACUUGCCUACACUGCCGGAGUAGAGAUCGAGCAGCUGCAGUGGUCUUCCUCCCAGCCCGACUGGUCUAUGAACCCAAAUUAUUCAGAAUUCAAAUUUCCAUGCAUGAAAGGUCACCCUUGGCAUAAGUUUUUUGCAAAUUUUGUACCCCCCGAGGCAAUUGAUCUUGUGUCAACACUAUUUCAAUACUCACCUAAUUUGCGUCUUACAACGUUGGAGGCCUGCUCUCAUCCAUUCUUUGAUGAAUUGAGAGAUCCUAACACAUGUUUGCUUAGUGGCAAACCUCUUCCUCCUUUAUUCAACUUCACAUCUAAAGAGCUUGAAAGCGCUUCUCCUGAACUAGUUCGACGCCUCCUACCCGAGCAUUGAACUAAACUCGGGGU